AUGGAACGCACUCUCGGCCUCAUUGAGGCGCCAAAUUAUCUUUUUCUUAUCUUCAUCUUUGUUCCGGUCCUCAUUUUUGGGGGGUACAGAGCAUUCCAUGACAAGCGCCGCAAGCAUCUACCGCCACAGGUGCCGGGAUGGCCCAUCAUUAACAACACUCUCCAACAUCGUGUCGACAAUGCACCACCCCUUUUGCAGAAAUGGGCGCGUGAACAUGGGGAGAUAUUUCGCACUAGGGCCGGAGCAACCGAUUUUAUUUGGUUGAAUUCCAUGAGCAGUGUCAAAGAGUUAUAUGAUAAACGAUCAGCGAUAUAUUCAAGUCGGCAGCCGAUGCCCAUGGCAUGUGAUACUGCUUCCCAAGGCAAGCGUAUGGUAUACCUGCCAUAUGGCAAGGACUGGAGGAAGUCGAGAACGAUCUUCCACAAGGUGCUGACCGAGAAAAUGGCCGAAGACUAUUCUGUUAUUCAAAAAUUCGAAGCAAAACAGCUGAGCGUCGACUUGCUCGAUAAUCCAAAGGACUUUUACAUGCACAACCGCCGGUAUACAGCUAGUGUUAUCUUCCAGAUUACCUACGGCUGGCGGAUAGAGAAGUGGAACAAUGAGGAUGUAAAAAAGAUGCACGAAGUUCUCGCCCGCUUCAUCGCGGUGCGAAGACCCGGUGCAUUUUUAGUCGAUAACUUUCCGGUCCUUGCUAAGAACCCGAUUUUUAAUCUACUCUCCAACUGGAAGAGCAUUGGGCGGCAGUAUCAUAAUUUGGAUAAUGCAAUUUUUAUGGACUUUUGGAACCGAAUGAAGAAAUCGGUUGAUGACGGCACGGCGCCACAUUCCUUUGCCAAAACCUUGCUCAACAGCUAUGAGAAAAACGGAUUAACAGAGAAUGAAGCCGCUUGGAUUUGUGGCGGCCUGCUAGAAGCGGGCUCAGAAACAACAGGCGCCACUUUGAAUAAUUGUAUCAUGAUGCUGCUCUCGAACCGCGACGCUAUUCGACAGGCUCAUGAAGAAAUCGACCGCAUCGUAGGCAAAGGUCGCCUUCCCACCUACCAGGACGAGCCAAACCUACCAUUUAUUCGCGGCAUUAUCAAAGAGACCCUGCGGAUGCGACCUAUUGGUAAAUUUGGUAAUAACCACUAUCUCACAAAAGAUGAUUGGUACAACGGCUAUUUUAUCCCCAAAGGCUCGACCGUCAUGGCCAACUGGUGGGCCAUCCACUACGACCCUGAGGUCUACCCGGAGCCGGAGAAGUUCCUGCCCGAACGCUGGAAACACUAUCCCUACGGCGCAGCGGCGGCGGCUGUCUUGCCAGACGGUAACAAGCGAGAUCACAUUUCUUAUGGUGGUGGCCGUCGCAUCUGUGCUGGUAUCCACCUCGCAGAAAAAAGUCUCUUCAUAAACGUAGCACGCUUGCUCUGGGGAUUUGAUAUUGACUUUGCGAAGGAUGCAAAUGGUGACGUUAUUCCUUUGGACUUCACGACUGCUGGGUUCUUGCAAGGUAGUGGCAGUAUUCCAAAGCCAUACCAGUGCAGUAUACUACCGCGUAGCAAGCGACACGGGGAAUUGAUGAGGCAGGAGUGGAGGGAGGCUCAAGACAAAGGGAUUGAUUUUUCACAUAUAAAAUGGAAUAUUGGGGAUGAAUGA